AUGGAAUUAAUACAAAAUCAAAGGAAUACCUUGUUUUCAUCCUAUUCAACUUCGUAUGAAUAUCGUUAUGAAUUGAAUACGGCGAUAAAAUGGAAAAACGAAUCACGUCUUAUUCUUCUUCUAGCCGGUCGUCAUCGUCGGUGUAUCGAUUGGUGUGGUUUCUCCGUAACUGAGAGACUUCUUUCAGAAAUGCGUUUGAACGAGUUUUCUAUCCUGGCCAUAUGUACAAAUAGAUACGAUUAUGAGAUCUCCAUGCCUAUACAAAACAAUUCAGAUGCAUAUUCAAUUUAUAUGACUUUUCGAAAAUGGAUGAAAGCUAUUUACUUGAAACUGUUUCAGUCUUAUCCUCGUCUCUACCUUUUCGGUGUGCGUCGAGGCUCUCGCAUGUGCUCAUUACUAAGUCGCGUUCUUCCCGUCCAAGCGCAAAUUUUGUACGUCUAUUCGGGUUAUAAACCAAGUUUACUUAUUCAUUCUGACUAUGACAGAGAUAUGCGCGAUCAACUUGUACCCAAUCCGACAUUUGCAAAUUGGUUCUAUUUUGAAUUUUGUUCGCAGAAUACUUCAUUAACAAGAAUGUACUGCAUAUUCCAAGAUCCCACAAAGAACUUCUUUAAUCCAGUUCCACCUACGUACUUUAUUCAUGCACAAAAUGAUCGAUUAUUAAACAUAGAAAGCUAUUCUGAAAUGAUCUCGAAGAUUCAAAACGAUGCUUUUCAACUUGGAGGUACAUUACUUACUGACAAUUGCACUAUCAAAUUUUCCGUAGCGAUUCCGGCGCGUCUCACUCCAGAAUACAUGUGCGAGAAUUUUAAUAAAAUGGUUUUGUAA